ACUUGCAAGAAGAAGAAGAAGAAAGUGCCUUGGUCUUACGUAGCAUCUAGCGAUUGCAAGAAGAAAGUGUCCGCGUUGCGCUGCCUCUUCUUCAGUGCGUAGAUGGGCGUAGAAAAAAGGGUCCAAAGUGAACUCCAACUUGCUGGCGCGCAGAACUAGAUCGCCCCGUAAAUGGUAGUGCAGUGAUCGGACCAAAGGGAUCCAAGUGUUAAUGAGGCAGCUGCAAACGCGGUACCGUGGACGAGCAGUGUGGUUCGGUGGGGAGCGGAAGGCUGCAGCCGUCCUGCUGUUCGGAGGCGCAGAGGAGAAAGCUACGAACGCUACCACCACGACGAUCCAGCAGCUGUGUGCGGUACGAGGCCCCAGCGCCCGCUAAGGCCUGCGAGAGACAUCUGGCAGCCUUCCCGUACGUCUUACCGCGAGAUUAAGCAACGCACACAGCACAGCACAAAACUCGAACGAGAAGAAUCCGGCCUGUGGUGCAGGCAGGUGCUGACUUUGGCGUGAUAAAGUGAACCCCGUCAAGCUGCUGUGGUGAAGUGAUAAUAAUUGGAAGCAGUCCAGUGUGGUCGCGUGUUAAUAAUAUUGGUUGGAUACGGAGAACACAAACACACACACAUACACCUACACCCGCAUACACAUCAUUCCGUGGCACUGCAGCAGGCCGAGACGCGUACGGCCCCAGUGGAUGUGAUAAAGAAGGCGCAUGCAAGAGGUAUAUGGCCAGUGGUUUGAAACAGCAGCCGUGUCAUCAUCACUCGCUAUUGUGACCCGCUCGCCGUCUGUGUGGCGGAUGUCAGCCUGAUUUCGCUCCCCGUCAGGUCGUCUCUCGCGGAUAACUUUGUUUGCGCAGGUUGCUGAAACGGAUAUUUAUCGGGUCUGUGUUGUCUGAUUAACGCUGCAAUAUCCAGGCGAUCCAAGUGUGCUAGACGUAGUUCGAUGUGUGUGUGUAUGUGCAGUGUGGCAGCAUAUUUUGCCUCAGUGUGGUGUGUAGUUGAAGCACUGCAGUAAACAUCUAAAAUAUUGCGCACUUGCAAGUGUCCGCGAGUAGUGAUAUACAGUAGCAAACCGGAGGAAUAAAAGAAGAACACGGCGAUAGACCCGCAUUGCAUUGUCGCAUGAGAGGUGUGGGCUAGGAGGAGGGGAGCCCUUUGUCAUAUCGAUUUUGACCUUCAAUCCAUACCACCGUCACCACACCCCACGGACGGCACGAUGUGGACGCCGUCGUACGAUAUCAUAGUGGAAACGUUGACCGGCUCCGAGUUCGAGGUGACGGUCAACGAUCGCGAUACGGUUGGGUAUCUCAAGUCAGAAAUACAAAAAUAUGAAGGAAUACCCAUCAGCCAGCAGCAUUUGCUGUACAAUCACAAGGAGCUAAGUGACGCGAUGGAGAUGAAGGACAUCCCGCUGGUGAAAGGGUCGCGCGUCAAGCUCGUCCUCGGCAUGAAGGGAGGACCGAUCUCCUCCAAGCGGCUGUUCACCAUCUCCUCCGACUACGACAACUGGCUGGACAUGAGCGAUGUACUGUCUGGGGAAGAUCUUAUGAAUCUACAGAGUCCAGGCUUAAAGCUGCUGCUGUACAAGGACAACAAGAAGAACGUGCACCGACUGAUGAAAGUGCGGGCCGAGAAGGGCUGCGACGGCAUGAAAGGAUCGAUGUCGCGCUCCAUCAUCGGAAGUGGUGCUUCCGGGCAGGGCACGUACGGACCCGGUGGCCCGAUGAGCCAGAAAGAACGUGACGCUGCAGUAACCAAGCAGAAAAUGGAUCAAAUAAAGGCAAAGCUAAGCAUGAAAAAGAAAAGACUGGGCGGUGCACAGGCUGCCGACAGAGCGGUAGGGAACGAGGCACCGGAAGCGGGGUCGGAAAAAUCCGCACACCGAAGUGACGGUCGUCCCGCCGCUCCUGGUUCGGCAGACAUCACCGACAACACCGUGGGUAGCAACAAGACGCAGAUUCGCAACGCAAGCCGCAUCCGGCACAAGAAACACCACCAUCACUAUCAUCAUCAACCGCACCAUCACCCGCAUCAUGAGACUGUCAUCAAGGAGGAAAAGACACCCAUCGGCUACCGACCGGGAGGAGGGGCGGGGGGUAGUGGCGGUGCAACGGCACUCGUAGCCAGCGGGCACAAUCCGCCCAUGGUGGGUACGAUCGGGUCGAUGCUACCGAGCGCGGGUACAGCGAGCGCUCCGCACCGCAAAUCCAUGCCCGCCGUGAUCGACCUCGGGCGGUCGGAGCAGGAGCAGACCGUGACACCGUUCGGCUACGGGUUAGUUAACCUGCUGCACGGUGGCACUGCUGCCACCGCAACGGCCGGCCGCUCGCCGACCUUGGAGCUGGAGAAGCGGUCCCAAAUCCGGGAGCAUCUGCAGCGGAACCGUUCCUUCAAAACGAUCAGUGCGAAGAAUCUGGACUUUGCACGCGACGGCUCGUCUCAGACCGGUGGUGGUGGUGGUGGCAGUGGUUUGAGCGAUCGACACACCGGCUCGGCCGGUCUGGAGCGAUCGCUUUCCUUCCACUCCAACGGCAUAUUGAGCCGAAUGGGGUCGGAAACGACGCUCGAUGCGGGAUACAGCAACAUUCGGCGCUGCACUGCCGGGGGCAGUCAGCUGCGCGGCAAUCACGCCGGCGGUCUGGGCACGCGGCUGGCCGGUGUUGGGGGCGGUGCCGCCUGUACCACCCAGUCGCUGCACAAGCUGGACGAAAGUCGCGUAUCGUCCGCCUCGCUGCACGAUCUGAUCGAGCUGCUGAAGUACACCCAGUCGAAGCAGCGCACCAUUUCGAACGAUUCGCUCAACAAGCUGAUGCUGAACUACUCGAAGAAGGUGCACCAUCUGUAUCACCAUCCACCGGCGGGGAAGAAAUCGCUGCCGGAGAUAAACCCGUCCCUUAACAACAUCGAGGAGUAUCUGCCGGACUACGACUACGGGCUGAAGGCUUCGGCGGGAACAACGGCAACAACAGCUGGGGCGGCGGCAGCAGCAGCAGCGACGACAGCAGGCGGCGGCGCCGUACCAAAGAUGGUGACGCGAAGCGAGGACGGGCUGGAUUGUAAGAUUGCUUCGGCGGAGUACGCCUUCAAGAAUGCGAGCACGGGCGGCAUGGACAAAUCCUUUCGCACGCUCUACAAGUCAACUUCCGAUGACAGUAGCGUGUACGAGCUGCCGAAGCUGCUGAUUCGCGAGGAUUCUCCGGUCGAGUCUUUUCUUGGUUCCUAUGCGCAGCUGGAGACGGUUGCCGCCGCAGCGACGCGCCGUGGCGAAUCGCCCAAAAACAACUUCACGUCCACAACCAGCCUGCAGGAUGUGGAAGGCACCAAUGCGGUCGAUGCACCAGCUCAACCGAUGCUGCCGGAUCACGGCAGUCUGCUGGAGCUACGACCAUUACCGGCGAACCCCCCGGCUGCUGCUGCUAUCGUCGGGGAGGCAACGCUGGCGUCGGAAUCGUUAUUUCAGCUCGCGCAGAUAGCAGCCGAAAGCGUCAAAUCGAGCGCCGGUACUACUGCGGCCUCCUUAAGCUCGAGCUCGUUGUUCGGCAGCAAUAACAGCCUGACCGGUGCUGGGGCAGUCGGUGGCGACGGUGCACAUUGUGCUGCAAACGGCGGAGGAAGCUCUUCUGCUGCCUGGUGCCAGCACUGGAAUCACCGGCAACAGCACCACCAACAGCAGCAGCAGCAGCAGCAGCAUCACGAUGUUCCUUUCACCACUGCAAGCCUGCAGCAGCUGAGCAAUCCGCGCCGUCAUCAUUCGGACUUGGGUAUCAACGAGCUGGAGCUGAAGUUUUUCCACACCGAUGUAGACGCGUCGGAUCGCAUUGCUGGGCGUGACGCAGCAGCGAACGGUGCCGGUGAUUACACCAACCUAAUCAAGCUGCCGGCAAUAUCGAACCUGGGCGCGAGCAAUGGUUGGCUUCAGCUGUCCUCGUGGGAUACGGUGCGCUUCGGGCGGGAGGACGAGGAUGCGGACGAUGAGGAGGUGCUGGACGAGGAGGAAGUUCCCGACCACGAGCAGCGGGACGAUGACGAAGAGGAGGAGGACGAGGAGGAGGAGCAGGAGGAGGAGGAGGAGGAAGAGGACGAAACGGGACAGGAGCAGGACCGGGUGACGUCGUCUUCCUGCUCCUCGAUACGCAGGCCGCGCGAGUCGUCCAACUCGACCAGCUUCAUCCACAGCCACCUGUCGAUAUCCUCCGACGAGGACGAUCUGCUGAACGUGGCGGAGAUGCGGGGGGACGGUGUUGGGGCAGUCGGCAGUGCGUACAAGCCGGGCGGCAACAAGUCCAAAUCGAUCGACCUGAACGAGUUCCGCAAAGCGUUCGGCAGCAGCCCCACGCUGCUGAACGGCUUCCGGGGCGGAACGAGCUGUACGCGGCUCGUGCCCCAGCUGUCCCGGCUCGAGACGAUCCCGUCGCAGUACCGGCGCGGCUACACGAACCUAAACGACGCGUGCCUGUCGAGCUCCACGUCCGAGCUGGAGUGUGUGAGCAGCGGGGCGGCAAAGAAAAAGCACCAGGGGCUGCUGCCACCGACGCGGGACGACGCGAGCGGCCUGUCGUCCACGCUGCUAAAGUACCGCAAGGAUGGCAGCGUGCCGUACGUGCGGAGCAAUGAAAAUUUGAACCGCUACAAGGUGUCGCUGUGCGCGGGCGCCGCCUCUUCAGCCCGCCGGCGCAUGGGCGACAGUGACGAAACGCUGGCCGGCGGAAGCGACGCGCUGUACCUGCGCCAGCGUCAGCAAUCGAUCGGGGGCGGCCGGCAUCUGCCCAGCAUUCGGGACCAUCUGGCCAGCAUCGCGGACUCGGAGGCGAACGAAACGGCCGACGGUUCGGGCUGUGCCAACGGUGACAGCACGCGCUCGAGCGGUGCUUCCGAGGAGCACGCAAACCGAUCGUUCGUUGUUGGCGGAGGUGGUGGAGGUGACUUUGAGUGCCGGUUUUCCCGCCUCAGCUGCUGCUCCGCUCCGGGAGGCGAGGGGCCAACGGCGAAAGCGUACUCGCCUGGCGGCGGCAGCAGUCGAGCGGCGGAACGGACCAACUAUCGCCACAAGGACCACUCAUCGGCGGCAGUGGGUAGCAAUCGGGGUGGUUUGAUGCGAACCGCUUCCUCGAUGGACGAUCGGUGCCGUUUCCUGUUCGGCGAGGACGCGACCUCGCUGCAGUACAAUGGUAACCCGUCCUCGACGCCGCUGCGACCCUCCGACUACUACUUCCCCUCGGACGAAAGCUUGUUCAAUAUGGAUUCGUUUUUUGACGAUUUCGUUGAGAUUGACACGAGCGACAUCUUCGAAAGUGCCGAGUUUAUCAACAUUAACUCGGGCUCGGGCGGCAGAAAGGGCGAUUCGGGCAGCAGCGGCAGUUCGGCGGGACUGCUACUGCCCGAAAUACACCCGGACCGGCAUCAGCGCUGCUCCCCACAGCAGCAGCAACAGGCGCCACAUCAUCCAAAACAUCAGCAUGCUUCCUUCCCGGCGGACGAGAGCUUGGAGCUGCCGCUCCGAGUGGUAAGCAGUUCGAAACCCUACACCGCCUCCUCCGCCCCUGCCGGUGACGCGCGAAAGCAGUACUACCGUGCCGUGAACGGUCCGGUUGGUUCGGCGGGUCGCGCGAACGCCGACGGAGAGAUACACUUUUCCGCCCGCCGGGCGUUCCUGCAAGCGGGCCAAGGCGUGCAGCAGGAAGAGGAAGAGGAGGAGGAAGAGGACGGCAUUGCUUCCAUCAUCCAGCACAUCGAUCGGGACCAGCUGUGCGACCAGCGGGCCUCACUGCCCGGUGCAACAACGAACGCUUCGGCUAUCAUCGUGCACGACGAUAAGGAGCGACUGCUGCGCCUCACGGACGAACCGACCGAUCGAAAGGCGUCCGUCAUCCUCAGCGGCGGCGGCGACGCCAGCGGUCCAUUGGUAGCGGAUACGCAACACCACACCACGGAGCAGAUCAAGUCGAAGAAGCUGCGGUGCGCCCAGUGCAACAAGAAGCUGGGCGUCAUCAUGAUCAUGAAGUGUCACUGCGAGAAAAUCUUCUGUGCCCAGCACCGGUACGCGGAGGCCCACAACUGUUCGUACGAUUUCAAGGUGGAGGGCCGCAAGAUACUGGAGAAGAACAACCCGCUCGUGGUGGCGGACAAGCUGCCGAAGAUUUAAAUGUUGGGCGGAGCGCGCUGGUAAAAAAAAUGUGAUUGUGAUUGGAUUUGGACAUCCUAGUGAUGAGAGUAGAAAGGCUGCAGCAAGAGUAAAGGUGAUAAUUUACGAUUGGAAAGAGAGCGGAACAGUGGAGCACAAUUUAUCGAGCUAUAAGGGAGACAAUAGAACCCCUUUUUUACGCUCUCCCGUAGCGUGAUUUUAGUUGUGAACGGUUCUAAAAUAGCAUAUGAGUUUAGUGUGAAGUUUUAAUUUGAAGCAUUUCAAUUAGAGAUACUAUUCGCUAACCGAAUACGGAGAAAGCAAUGCCCAAGCGCCUUGUGUGUGGGGCAGUUGGGGUGGCCGUGCUGGUUCCAGGCCAACCAGACGAGCUGUGGAACUGUUACCAGAUUUUGUUCGCCGUGAGCAAAACGUUUCCCUGUUUCUGCCGCUUCCCCAACUGCACCGUACGAAAAUGGAUACGGUAUGGUGUUGCGAAGCAAUAAGCUGCAUACUGCAAUCACUGCUGGUAUGCGCCUUGCAGCUGCACCGAAGGCUGUGCCUGCACCCUGUGGUGGUGGUGGGUUGUGGAGGUAGUACCCACAGAAAAGUGUGGGAGGGGGUGGGGUGGGGGUUAAUCGCACUUAUUUUUCGUCUCGUACUCACCACCCUUACUCACCCCCCGUAUUUAGUGGGUGGAAAGAGUAUCUUAAGGAUUACCAAAAUAGUAAUGCUCGCAGCUGCGCGGUUUUAUUAAAGCAGUUUAACAAUACACCAAUACCGAGGUAAUGAUAUGGUAAUGAAAAAUGAUACAAAAAAAAAGAAACAUAUGUUAGGGCAGAUAGGUAACCAUUACUCAUAACUAAUAUAGAACCGAAGGACGCGAUCAGCGUGAUUCAACGGAAGAAGUGGAAGAUUACAAAACGAUCCCCCCAAGGCGUGUGGGAGCGAACACGAGAAGCGCAAAACAUAUAACAUAAUGGCUUUAGUUAACGUUUAGCGUACCAAUACCAUAUAGAGUCGUACCAUGUACGACCGAACUAACUUAUCCCAGCAUGUAUGCGUAUAGGCAGAUAGGCAUUCUGGCAAUGGUUUUUUUUUGUUUUUUUUUUUGCAAUACAGGUCAAGCAGAAAAUGUGUACUUCUUUCAUUGUUUCCCUUACAGUACUUUAGUUUAAGGAGGAAUUUGUUGUUUUUUUGUCUUUCUCUCUUUUUAGUUAGUGAUAUUUCCAGCUCCAUGAUGUAGGGGCGAGCUGCUUUUCAUGAGAAGACUUGCUUAGCAAUCGUAUACAUUUUCUACUUGCAUAUUCAUUAUUUGACGGUGCUUCAAGGCGCACAAUUAGCGGGAAAAUGUGUUUUGCUAGAACAUCGUAAUCCAUCCUCUAGAUACACCAGAGUAGGAGUUAUUCAAAGCGUUAUACUACAGGAUUGCUAAGCUACGCCGAAUAACUUGUAACAAGCGAAGCAAGCGAUUCGGAAGAACGAAACUGUUGUGCUAAGUGAACACAAUUGUACCAGAAAGUAGUGUUAACAAGAGCCCGCUAGAGAGGGUGAGCAAACAUUUAAGAAAGAUAUACAUAUUUGUUAUACCCCAUAUAUGCAAAAAAGCUUACAGAAAAAAAAAACGAUCGUUUGUAAGCGCAAUUGUGAGCUUAAUUUCCACAAGAUGUAAUAACCACUGAUUAUAAAUGCGCCUUUUUUUCGCCCGUAAUUCCUGUUCAAAGCUUCAGCGUCGUGUGUGAGCGGACUAAGCGGGGGAACACACCUUCCUCCCCGAGCAAGCUGUAUGUAAUAUGUAAGGCACGCGGCAAACGUGGGAGCAAACGUUAUAUUAAAAGUUAAUGAUCGUGUAAAACAGUAAAACGAAAGAAAUAAACAAAUAAAAAAUCAAACAAAAUGAAAUAAAAAUGCGACAGCGUCUGUUCAUUGAAUGGGCGCGCUCGCUUCCAAAAAACGAUCGGAAAACUAAAA